AUGUGUUUUAUAUUAUUGUUGAUGUUUCCAUAGGGAACGGGAAGUGCUCUGAAUUUAAAAGCUGUGGCUCAAAAAACAGGAGAACAAGAGGCUGAAGUUCAUAUUUUGUGCACAGUUCUGGACAUUAAUGAUAACUAUCCUCAGUUUGAAAACCUGCCCUAUCGGCUCAACAUACCUGAGGACACGAAAGUUGGGGAGGAGAUUUUGCGUCUCUCAGCUUCUGAUAAAGACAGCUCAGAUCAUCAUAACAAUGCCGUUUUCUUCAGGAUUGUGGAUGGAAACACGGAUGCAAUUUUUAGAAUUGAUGGUGGCACGGGAAGGAUAACCUUAGACAAACCUCUUGAUUUCGAAGGGUCCACACGGCAAUAUGAUUUAAACGUGACGGCAACGGAUCAAUAUGGUGCACUUACGGGCAAUCAAAACUGGACGGUGGUUAACAUAGGAGUGACCGAUGCAGACGACCUUCCUGCGGCGUUUUCCCAUUAUUUAUAUAAAGUACUGAUUGACGUCGAUACACCACAGGGAAGUGAAAUAAUCAGAGUACACGCUGAAGACCAGGAUUCUUUAAAGGCUUCAGUGUCAUACGUCAUAUACCCAGCCAGUGACCCGGAGGAAUCAUUUAAAAUCAAUAACGCCACAGGAAUAAUAACAGUAAACCGAAAUCUUACUCGAAAGUCGUAUCCUAUUAUAGUUACGGCGAAAUCAACUAACCAGCCUGUUGCGUUUGCACUGGUUAUGAUAAAUGUCGGUUCAAUGCCCAAUCGAACAUUUGUGGCAUCAGUGAUAGAAAAUGAAGCAAACAUUACGGUGUUUGACUUGAUGAACUUGGAGAAAUAUUUCAAUAUAUCAUCUCCCGAAUUCCUAAUCCACCGAGGCAACGAAGAUGGCAUUUUUUUUGUUAAUGAAACUUCGAAGGAACUGCGAGUUGGCACUCGAGUCCUGGAUAGAGAACAACGUGAGAAGUACACUUUGAUCGUGGAGCUUCUGAAAGAUGGAAGAAACAAAGGCUUCGCAAUGAUAAACAUAAACGUGGUUGAUGUAAACGACAACACUCCUAAGUUUGAAAACCCAACAUUGGUAAGUGUACCAGAAACCACACCCGAGGGAACUGUUGUCCUCACAGUAACAGCCGUAGACAGAGACGCAGGGCUUAAUGGUUCUGUGGUGUACAACAUCAUAGCAGGAAAUGAACAAGCUUUCUUUGCUUUGAACAAUAAAUCUGGAGAAUUGUCUUUGGUAAAACCACUCGAUUUUGAAGCCGCCGUUCAGUACGUACUGAACGUGUCAGCUUCUGAUAUGGGAGAGCCUCGGCGCCGUGCGUUCAGUAACGUCACUAUAAACGUGACUGAUGUCAAUGAUAACUCUCCGGUUCUUCAAACACGGAUCAUUCAAGCUUCUGUUGUAGAGGGUGCUUCCUCUGGUUCAUUUGUUGCUCAGUGUAAUGCAUCCGACGCCGACACUGCAGCAAAUGCGCGGAUUACUUAUCAGCUUGUAGAAGGCGCGGUCAACAGGUUCUCGAUUGAUAACAUUACAGGUGUCAUAACCACAUCCGGGUCGUUUGACAGGGAGACUGAUCCCGAGCUGUACACGCUCGUGGUGAACGCCCAAGACAAUGGACAGCAUCCCCGUUCUGAUGUUGGUUUUGUUGUUGUUCAUAUCACCAAUGUAAACGAACAUUCUCCAGUCUUCGCGCCGGCAUUAUACGUAGGAGGUGUGUACAAAGAUACGACUUACUAUUCGCUAGUGACGACUGUUAAGGCGAGCGAUGCUGAUUCAGAUUCGCAAUUCGCCAUUACCUUCGAACUUGUCAAUGGCAAUGGGCUGGGGUUGUUUCAUGUAGAGCCUGACACAGGUCACGUGAGAGUCGCAACCUCAUUGGCUGGUAAAGAUGGUUCAAAGUUCACUCUAGAAGUAAGUGCCUCGGACGGCCAGAAAAAGGCGGCCACCAACGCUAUUGUAAACGUUUUUGUUCUCCGUGAUGAAGAUUCCAUUGCUAUAAAGGCAGGUGUGGUCCCGGAAGAGAUCACGAAAAGCAGAGCGGAAUUUCUUGAAAUGCUUAAAUCCAUAACGGGGGGAGAUGCCCUUAUAAAGUAUCUUCAGCAAGAAGAUGGUGAAAACGCGACUCUUGUGACUUUCAACGUGGUGAGAGGUGACGAGGUAAUGUCGGGAUUUGAUAUUACAAGGGCUUUGUCAGACAACGAAGAAGCUUUAAAAACCACAUAUAAAAAGUUCAAUAUAUUAUGGUACCGGCCCCCAGGUGGACCUCCCUCAACAGAGGCUCGUAAGGGUACUGAGGAGGAGUUAUCUGCCGUGGUCGGAGCCAUGAUCUGCCUUGGUGUCAUUAUUGGUGUAGGAGCGAUAAUUAUGAUAAUUAUAUUGAUCAUGAGAAAAAGAAAUGGUCAGAGUCCGUUCAAGAAAAAGAGACAAACAAGAGUGACGUUCAAUGACAAACCUUUCUUCAUUGAACCUGUUCAGACUGCUGUGACAUCAAACCACGUGGAAUCCGCACAGGAAGCUCAAGAGGUUAUAGUCCAUAUACCAGCCGAGGAUGACAACAGUUCUGAAGGCAGUGAUGACGGUUCUCGUGGCGAAAUGAGCUUUUUAAAUUUCGGCUACGGUUCGCAACUGGCAGCCAUGAGGGAGGAAGAUCCGGACGAAUAUGUUGAAAUAGAUCAUAACGCGUUCUUCCCCCCUCCGCCUAAAGGCCCGCCGCCGAAGCCACCGGAUUCUGACGAGGAAGACUCCGAAGAUGCCGACAACAUCUCGAUGGGAUCACGAAGUGAUUAUGAAAAUGAGUACUCGGGAAAGUACAACCCAGAUGACGUAGCAGAUGUCAAUGAGACCGUGUUAAGCCAUUCUCCAUCGGACUCUACUACAGGAAGCACAGACCAGUUAGUUACUGGUUAUCCAAAGGUUACGUUUCCUAGUGGUAGGUUUUUGCAAAGUUUUUCGCUGAACGAAGCGACGACUGUGUUGUAGGAAAACUACACUGAGCCGGACAGUUUGAUGAUGUUUUUUUAGACAUAAUACAGAGAAAACCAACAUAUGCAUUCAAAUAACAUGAAAUAUUAGGUUGUUCAUUAGGAAAGGAACAAUGCAAUCCAAAUUUGAUCGUUUUAGCUCAACAAAUUGGUGUUAUUCCGCAUUUCAUAAUAAUUUUUAAGAUUCAAGGGUAAUUACUUUUUUCUUCGGUCCCCUAAUUUCAAUAAAAUGCACCGUGUUUAGUCUCAUUUUUUUUAUUCUAGCUUUUGAGUUUUAAAAAACUUAAUCUUCCGUGUUUGAAAAUAUGGAAUUUUUGACUUAGGAAUCUUUUAACGGUGUAUAUUUCUGAGAAUUUCGAUCAUGUAUUUUGAUCGCUAAUUGGUAUACGUUUAAUUGGAAUUCUUUAGUUUCAUGGUGAGUUUAAUUAUGCACUUUGAAGGCAAUCUAGAAAGAUUAUCAUAUAUAAUUCUUGUGACGAAAAUUUAUUUUUUGACAGUUAAAUAUUAGUAUCAAUGAAAAAAAUAUUUUUUCAAAGGUGAAAUAACCAACUGAUUCAACACCGGUGUUGAACAUAAUUCCUAAAGCCUUAAUAUUCAUAGGAUAAACUGUUCACAAUAAAAAGGAAGCAACAACA